AUGUCGUCGCACAUUUACGAUAACUUACCCCUGAAACCGCUAAAUAAGGAAGCCAAAGAAAAUUUACCCGAGCAAAAGAUUAAAACGGUGCAAAACAUAUUCAGUGCCCCGACUGAUUCCAAGCAAAAGAAGCGCAAAAGCUCUCCGGAAAUAGCGAAAGUCUCUCCCCAGGGUUUGUUGUCGAAGAGGCCGAAAUCUUCCAAGAGUAUAUCAGAGAUGUUUUAUAAGAACCAUUACGAAGUCAACGAAAAUGCUCCGAAUGAUGAGUUUGGAAGCAGCGAGACCCUGAGGGCCAGCAAUGGGGUUGGGAAGGUAAGCAAUGACAAUGGUGGCAGUGAGGAGUGGAAGAAGAGCAUCAAUGUCCAUACCACGCCAACCUCGACUUUGGAUGAUGGAUACGAGUCUUCGAAUAGUACUCCUCUUGUUUCAGGGAAAGGAAAGCACCAAAAUUCAUCAUCGAAUCUAAUACUCACCUGUACCUUACGAAAAAAAGAUCUCCACGUUCAGCUAGAAGAAGACGAACGAGAAUCCUUCGUCCUUUCCACCAGCUCGAGCCAGGCUGGCGAGGUAGACCCAGACUCUUACACCGCAGACGACAAUAGAGAGACCUGGGGUUCGAAUACGGAUUUUUUACUAUCGAUCAUCGGGUUCGCGGUUGACUUGGCUAAUGUUUGGCGAUUUCCUUAUCUCUGCUAUAGAAAUGGAGGAGGUGCCUUUUUAGUGCCCUAUACUUUGAUGCUGGUGUUCGGCGCAGUUCCUUUAUUCUACAUGGAACUCAUUCUGGGUCAGUUUAAUAGGCAGGGGCCUAUCAGUCUGUGGCGAAUAUGCCCACUUUUCAAAGGUGUUGGAUUCUGUGCUGUCUUGGUAGCAUUCUAUGUGUCAUUUUAUUACAACGUCAUCCUCGCUUGGGCUUUGUAUUUCUUGGCAUCCAGCAUAUCUGCAGAACUACCCUGGAUGCAUUGUAACAACACAUGGAAUACUGAAAAAUGUUGGGAAAGCAUGGGAAGCAACGGGUCUUCACUACGAUUAAACAUUUUUGAUAAUGAAAGCUUACAUAACAGCAAGAACACACCUGCUUCUGAAUUUUUCAAUCGAGCAGUCCUAGAAAUGCAGUGGAGCAAUGGUUUGCACGAAAUGGGAUAUCCAAAAUGGCAACUCGUGGUAUGCCUUCUAAUUAUAUACUCUUUGCUGUAUAUUUCACUAUUUAAAGGUGUAAAAUCUUCAGGAAAAGUUGUGUGGGUUACCGCUACCAUGCCCUACGUAGUACUUACCAUACUUUUAAUCAGAGGCUUGAUGUUACCCGGUGCGAUAUCGGGGAUAUCUUACUAUCUUAAGCCGGAACUAUCCAAACUAAGAGAGACUCAGGUCUGGGUGGACGCAGCUGUACAAAUAUUCUACUCAGUCGGCGCGGGAUUCGGAGUACAUCUCUCAUACGCUAGUUAUAACACAUUCCACAACAACUGCUACAGGUAA